AUGAUUCUUUGCUGUUUCUUGGCAAAAAUGGUAACCGAUGAUGCUGUUCUGAAGAGAUUGGAACAGAAGGGUGCCGCGGCAGAUCACAUUUUUGAAUAUCUUAAGCAGCAAGUUGCUCUUCUUAAGGAGAAAGCAAUCUUGCAGGCAACUUUGAGAGAAGAGAAGAAAAUUCAAGUGGAAAAUGUUAAGCUAAAGAAAGAGAUUGAAGAAUUGAAACAGGAGCUAAUUGAGGCAGAAAUUCGAAAUGGAGUGAAGCAAAUACCAUUCCCAUCUGGUCCUUUACUGCAAGCUAAUUCUCCAGUUUCUGAAAAUGUGACACAGUCUAUGCCAAUAACAACCGUAUCUUCUGGUGCCAAAGGACAGAUAAAAGGAGGAGGAGAAGGAGAAGAAAAGAAGGUGAAAGAGAAAAGGGAAACGAAAGGAGAGACAAAGAAGAAAAAACAACAGUCAAUAGCAGGAAGUGGCGACUCUGAGCCAAUAGAUGUUUCUUGUCUGAAUCUUUGAAUUGGUUGUAUCAUCACUGCCAAAAAACACCCUGAUGCAGAUUCUUUGUAUGUAGAAGUAGAUGUUGGAGAAACAGCCCCAAGAACAGUUGUCAGCGGCCUGGUGAGUCACGUUCCUCUUGAACAGAUGCAAAAUCACAUGGUGAUUUUACUUUGUAACCUGAAACCUGCAAGGAUGAGGGGAGGACUGUCUCAAGCAAUGGUGAUGUGUGCUAGCUCACCAGAGAAAGUUGAAAUCUUGGCACCUCCUGAUGGGUCUGUUCCCGGAGACAGAAUUACUUUUGAUGCUUUCCCUGGAGAGCCUGACAAGGACCUGAAUCCUAAGAAGAAGAUUUGGGAGCAGAUCCAGCCUGAUCUUUACACUAAUGAUGAGCGCAUGGCUUCAUACAAAGGAACUCCCUUUGACGUGAAAGGGAAGGGAGUGAGUAGGGCUCAAACUAUGACCAACAGUGGUGAAUAA